AUGCUGUCUCACGCCGACCUCCUGGACGCCCGUCUCGGGAUGAAAGAUGCGGCCGAGCUGCUGGGACACCGGGAGGCGGUGAAGUGUCGGCUGGGCGUAGGGGGCUCGGAUCCGGGGGGACACCCGGGAGACAUGGCUCCCAACUCGGACACGGUGGAAGGGACCACCCUGCUGCCGGGGGAGGACAUCACCACCGUGGGAUCCAACCCCAGCUCCUUAGCCGUCAGCGCCAAAGACCCCGACAAGCAGCAAGGCCAGCAGGGCGGCCAGAACCCCAGUCAGGCUGGGCAGCAGCAGGGGCAGCAGAAGCAGAAGCGGCACCGCACCCGGUUCACGCCGGCGCAGCUCAACGAGCUGGAGAGGAGCUUCGCCAAGACCCACUACCCGGACAUCUUCAUGCGGGAAGAGCUGGCCCUGCGCAUCGGCCUCACCGAGUCCCGGGUGCAGGUCUGGUUCCAGAACCGUCGGGCCAAGUGGAAGAAGCGCAAGAAGACCACCAACGUCUUCCGCGCCCCGGGCACGCUGCUGCCGACACCGGGGCUGCCGCAGUUCCCCUCGGCCGCCGCCGCCGCCGCCGCCGCCAUGGGCGACAGCCUCUGCUCCUUCCACGCCAACGACACCCGCUGGGCCGCCGCCGCCAUGCCGGGCGUGUCGCAGCUGCCGCUGCCGCCGGCGCUGGGCAGGCAGCAGGCCAUGGCGCAGUCCCUGUCCCAGUGCAGCCUGGCGGCCGGGCCGCCGCCCAACUCCAUGGGCCUCUCCAACAGCCUGGCGGGCUCCAACGGCGCCGGGCUGCAGUCGCACCUCUACCAGCCCGCCUUCCCCGGCAUGGUGCCCGCCUCCCUGCCCGGCCCCAGCAACGUGACGGGCUCGCCCCAGCUCUGCAGCUCCCCGGACAGCAGCGACGUGUGGCGGGGAACCAGCAUCGCCUCCCUCCGCCGCAAAGCACUAGAGCACACAGUUUCCAUGAGCUUCACCUAA